AUGAGGUUACUGGAUACAUUGAGACGUAGACCACAGUAUACAUAUAAAGAAAAUGAGCUUCGACUUCUGCAAAAUCUAAGAUUCGCGGGAAAACAAAAGAAGCUUAAAGAGCACUUCUUGCUUGAUCUACAGAUAAAAGUUAUUGCUAAAAAUGGUAAAAAAAAUGCUAAAGGGAAUCAACGAGUUUAUGAAGUAAUAAGAGACUAUAUUAAAGAUAAAGAUGAUAUGACUGGUUCGCCUUUGGAUGAAAGAUCAACUGAUACACCAGUCUAUCAGCUCGUAGAAUACAUCAAAGCUGUACAAAAUUGCCAUAUCGUUGAUGUUUCUUCCUCUGAUCAAUCGUCAACAGACAUACAAAUCAACUGUCUAGGUUCUGAAGCCAUGGAAGAUUUUCUCAAGACUAUCAACUGUAACAAAUUUCAUCAGAAACUGUUUGAUCUUAGACGAUGGCUACAUGUACAAUAUGGCAUUGAAUCGCAUGACAUAAUCGCCAAUUGCUCAUCAAAUGGCAUAGAGAAAGCAAAACAAUGUCUGGGUAAUGGUAUUUUUACUGUCCUCUUAAAUGUAGAUGCGUCUUGGGAAAAAUGCUUGAAGGAGAAAUCAGAAGAUAUAGCCGAGUAUUUGAUUAGUAAAAAUAUACGUCCAACAAAGGAUCAGCUAUCAACAAUUGCUAUAACGUUUGAAGGAGGAAGAAAAUCAUCUGUCAUGAAGAAAUGUUGUGGCAAGAUUAUCGAGCACAUCAAAGGCAUUUCAGAAAAGAUUGAUGGGGUAUAUGCAGCUUAUACCAUAAAUGAACUUGGAAAAAUCAAUAUCGCUUUCGUCCUUUGUGUGAAAGAGGACAUUGACUUAAGAAAUAGAGUCACUUAUGAACAUAAAGUUCGUAUUUUAGGCAAGUGCAAUGCGGAGACAAGGGAGGUGACAUUCAGCAAAACAAAUCCAAAAAAUAAAGUUAGCCCGAACGAUGCUAAAAUGAUAAAAGCAUUUAUCGAAAAAAAAUCAAAGACCCUGUUACAAAAACACAGAAUGUUAAGUGGAAUUUCAGCAGGCUCUAUUAAGUCUAAAAAUUAUGGAACAAGUGAAUGGGAAAAAAUUCCAUGCCCAUGUAUCGUCUUCUACGUUCAUGCUAAGCAUUUUAUACCAAUAGAUGAAGAUCCGUUUGAAAAUGAAUAUGAUGGGUUUGCAGUUGAUGUACGAGAAGGUGCAUUUAUGAGACUCGGACGGAAUGGUCAAAAGAGUUCUGAUUAUCAACAGAAUGUUGAAAUUGCGGCAGAGGUGAGCGGAUGCAUUUGUUCCGGAACACUCAGCGGGUUUCUUGAGUUAAAGGAUUCAGACAACCUGUAUGGGUUUACAUGCGCACACAUUGUUAUGCCUCAUUUGCUGCUCAAGAAAAAUUUAGAUAAGAGUAGCAACAAAUCAUUUAUUAAUCAGCCAGAAAACUCUGACGAAGUACUUGCCAGUAUAGUUUACCAGCCGCCGAAAUCAAGUGAAAUUUUAGGGAAAGUGGUGAAAGUUGCUUACGAAGAAGGUGGUAAUGGAAAAAGCGGGAUGGAAAUCGCAUUGAUCGAACUUCAAAAAUCAAGAUGUCCACUUUCUGGAAAGAUAAGCGACUUUGUCGAACAUACAUUUGAAUCUGGACUUGUAGCUGACCGUAUGACAAUACAAAAUGAUGAAGGCGUCCUGAAAUUUGGCAGCGCUUCCGGAAUUUCACAUGGUCGUAUUGCAUUUGACAGUGGCAUUGUACGAGAGUUAACGUUUCCUUGGCAAAACGAUUGUCUUCAACUUAUACUUCAUAACCAACUUGAGGUGUGGCCAAUUAAUUUUCAGGAACGCUUUGCUAAGGAAGGUGAUUCAGGGGCACCUGUAUUUGUGUCAAGAAAUGAUGAACUUGUUUGUCUAGGAAUAGUAGAGGGUGGAUUUGACUGUGGUUUUUGUGUUGUUACACCAAUUGAAUGCUUUUUGACUGGCUUAGGAAUUUGCUCUUUGAAGGAUUUUCCGAAAAUAUCAUCAAGUACCUGCGAAUUGUGUAAGCAUCUUCAAACAGGAAAGAAGGAGUAAGUCGGAGAUGGUAAAUGAUAAAUGUUCUGCCAGACCUAAUUUAAUAUCUACAUAAUGAUUUUCUGUUUCUGAGCAUUGAAGCCAAUAUGGCUUAUACAAUUGCGUUUAGUAUAAAUGGGUGUUUGGCAGUGUGUCCCUUUGACAAAGGCAGCUUUAGUUUUUUAUUUAAUUUGAACCGAACUUGCUUACAAUUUAUAUCAGUAGCAUAUUACGAUCCCUUGAUGUAAAAUCAGCGUUUUACUGUUGGUAGUGUUUGCAUAGUUAUCAGCUUAUGUUUAUAUUUCUUUAAGUCAAAAUAACACGUUACAUGUGUUACUUGGUUUUACGAUAAGUUUGGCCUAAUUUUAUCGUAAAUUACAAUGUUGUGACCACUCAACUGGUCUAAACACGGACAUAAAUGGACAACUUAAGUCUGUGGUCCAAAUAAGCAUAUUUGCUUUUUCUGUAUUAUAGUAGUUUUAAUUUCAUUUGAAAACCAAAAAGAAACAAAUAAAACUUUAGAAUUACACUUUGAUAC